AUGGCGGCGACGCUGCGCGUGGAGCCCGCGGGCCGCUGCUGCUGGGACACGCCGGUGCGCAUCUCCGUGCGCGGCCUGGCGCCCGGGCAGCCGGUCACGCUGCGCGCGUCCCUGCGCGACGAGAGGGGCGCGCGCUUCCGGGCCCACGCGCGCUACCGCGCCGACGCCCGCGGCGAGCUGGACCUGGCGCGCGCGCCGGCGCUGGGCGGCAGCUUCGCGGGGCUGGAGCCCAUGGGGCUGCUCUGGGCGCUGGAGCCCGAGGCCGCUUGCCAGGCCUGGGAACCACGGGAUGGUGAGGGGUCCUUUCCAGGGAUCAUCGAUCUGUUUGGAAGUGGCGGUGGCCUUUGUGAAUACAGGGCCAGUCUCCUGGCUGGACAUGGUUUUUCUGUGCUUGCUCUGGCUUACUUCAGAUUUGAAGAUCUCCCUGAAUAUUUGCAUGAUAUGCACCUGGAGUACUUUGAAGAAGCUGUGAACUUUAUGCUGCAGCAUCCAAAGGUAAAAGGCCCUAGUAUUGGGCUCCUUGGCUUCUCCAAGGGAGGUGACCUGUGUCUCUCAAUGGCAUCUUUCUUGAAGGGCAUCACAGCCACUGUGGUUAUCAAUUCCUGUGUGGCCAACACAAUAGUUCCUCUGCAUUACAAGGAUAUGGUUAUUCCUAAUCUCCACAGUGACCCAGGAAGACACAAAAUCACUGAGGCGGGCAUUCUCUCCUACAUGGAUGUUUGGGAUAAUCCGCUGGAGGCACGGAAUCACCAAAGUCUCAUUCCACUGGAAAAGGCACAGGGGCCCUUCCUGUUCAUUGUUGGCUUAGAUGAUCGGAGCUGGAGGAGUAACUUCUAUGCCCAGAUAGCCUCUGAAAGGUUACAAGCCCAUGGGAAAGAAAGACCCCAGAUAAUCUGCUACCCAGGAACUGGUCAUUGUAUCGACCCACCUUAUUUUCCUCCUUCUAGAGCCUCUGUACAUGCAGUGUUGGGCACAGCAGUAAUCUAUGGAGGUGAACCAAGCGCUCACUCAAGGGCACAGGUCGAUGCCUGGCAGCAAAUUCAAACUUUCUUCCACAAACAUCUCAAUGGUAAAAAAUCUGUCAAGCGCAGCAAAAUAUAGCAUUGCAACCAUGGACCAGAUACCAUUAAUAAAAGUCCUAUCCAUACAA